AUGAAGCCAGAAGAUAAUCAAGUCAAGGGUUACGAGGAAGAUGAGGAAGAGGAGAUGCUAUUCGCUUUCGUCCCAAAAGAUGAUCUUGCUGCUAAAUUUGUUGAGGGUUCGCCUUUCAAUCUCCAUCCUGGCUCGGCCGAAAGCUUCACAUGGAUAAAAGAGCGGUUGCACAGAUGCCGACGCCGUCAUGCCAAAUGCAAAAAACGCGCCAGAGAGAAUCAACAAAACCUGGCUAUGCCGAAGCGACUACUGGAUGUAGGUCAACUCGGUGACCCCGUUAUUGGGUUGUUGGAAGCAAACGAGGAUGCUAGAGUAUCCUUUGCUAUUGCUAGUUAUGUAUGGGGCAACGGCUCAAAGAAGGACGCAAUAAAACGAACUCAAACGACCAAGGAAAACAUAGGCUACAGAAUGGCUUCAGGGAUCGAAGUCAUAGGCCUACCAAAAACUAUUCAGAACCUCAUUGAAGUCACGCGACAGAUCGGUCUUGAAUAUCUUUGGCUGGAUGCUUUCUGCAUCAUUCAAGAUGACGAGGACGAUGCACACCAUCAAGUUAACUCAAUGUCAGAGUUCUACAAGCAAGCAGACAUCCUAAUUUCAGCUGCAAGUGCUUCGGACGGUGAUGAGGGAUUUCUACAAUCUAGAAUGGUUGAUCGGUGUUACGGCUCGAUCUUUGAGUUGCCUUACAAGUGGAAAGUUGAUGGCCACGAGACUCAAGGAUCCUUGCUCUUGUCGGAAAUGGACUUAGACGGUUCUACAGACAAGGAUCCUGUGCAUAUGCGAAUCUGGACAUUUCAGGAACAUCUCGUGUCAUCGCGGGUCAUCAGCUUUGGCUCUCGACAGAUCAAGUGGACAUGCCAGCAAGAAAAGAAUUCUGUAGAUGGCGGCUAUUACUACCCAAUGGCAGAUGGCCUGGACGAUAAUCUCGAUACAGCAUUUUCCCCGUCUCCAUAUCCCUCCGAGACCUUCAUGGAAAAGAACUUCAGGGUUUGGGGUUGGAUGGGCAUCGUUGAGGAAUAUUCAAAGCGUGACUACUCUUGUCUAAUAUAUUUCACCACUACCCCAUAA